GGUAGUGGUAGCGGCGGCGGCGGCGGCGGAUGGAAUAGAGGCGGCAACAAUUCUGGCGGCGGGGCCAGAGCCAGAGGGCCGGCCGAUGCGUCCCCCGGACCCGGGACCGUCGAGGACGGUUCCGGUCAGCACGGCGUCAUAAUCGACUGGGAGGGGACCGAUUGCACCGAUCGUUACUCUUUCGAGGACUCCGAUCGUUUCGAGGAGGAUUCCCUCUGCAGCUGGAGCAGCGAGCCAGAGUCCCUCUGCAACAACUGGAGGGGAUGGCGGAAAUCCACCUCCGUGUUCACCAUUGUCCCCGGCAAGAAGACCGCCGAAGAUGGACAAACGGUACCGACGCUAUGCGAGCUUGCGGCACGUUGCGUGGCCUCGCACAUCCCGUUCGAGCUGGUGGAGCACGUUUACCCGCCCGUGCCCGAGCAGCUCCAGCUCAGGAUAGCUUUCUGGAGCUUCCCGGACAACGAGGAGGACAUCAGAUUGUACUCGUGCCUCGCCAAUGGGAACGCGGACGAGUUCCAACGGGGAGAGUAUCUCUUUCGGCAGAGGAGCGUCAAGGACACGCUGCAGAUCGGGUUCCACCUGAGCGCCAGCGUGAACUCGCAGACACUGAUGAACGGCGUUAGACCACAGUUCAACGUGGCCGUAACCUUCGAUCGCCGAAAAAUCACGUCUUGCACAUGCACCUGCUCCUCGAAGGCUUAUUGGUGCGCCCAUGUGGUCGCCGUGUGCCUUCACAGGAUACACAUGUCGACACAGGUCUGCCUGAGAGCUCCGGUAAGCGAGUCCUUGUCGCGACUGCACCGGGAGCAAUUGCAGAAGUUUGCGCAGUAUCUGAUCAGCGAGCUACCGCAGCAGAUCCUGCCGACGGCGCAGCGUCUUCUCGACGAGUUGCUGUCGGUGCAGCCGAGCACCAUCAACAACUACUGCGGCGCGCCGGACCCGACAGCGGGACCGUCGGCUCACGACCAGACGUCGUGGUACCUGGACGAGAAGACGCUGCACGACAACAUCCAGAAGAUCGUGAUCAAAUUCUGCGUACCGGCCCCCAUCGUGUUCAGCGACGUCAACUAUUUGAGCACGACGGCGCCUCCGGCGGCAGCGGAAUGGUCGUCGUUGCUGCGACCUCUGCGAGGGCGCGAGCCCGAAGGGAUGUGGAACCUGUUGUCGAUCGUUCGAGAGAUGUUCAAGCGAACCGACCGCAACGCCAUACCUCUGCUCGAGAUCAUCACCGAGGAGUGCAUGGCCUGCGAGCAGAUUCUGAUCUGGUGGUUCAACACGAAGGUGUCGUUGCUGAACGGGACCGGUUACGGGGGCAAGAACAACAUGAGCAGCACGGUGCACGCCUCCCAGCACGCGUGCUCGUCCCUCUGCGACGAGAUCGUCGUUCUAUGGAGGCUGGCCGCGCUGAAUCCUGGCCUGUCGCCGGCCGAGCGGGAGAUGCUUCACAAUAGGUUCAUCGCCUGGCACAUGAAGAUCAUUGGCAAGGUAGAUCGUUGGAGGAAGAUCGUUGACAAGGUGACGAAGAGUCGAGGCAACUCGGUGUCCCACAAUUCGCACAACAGAAACCACAGCGGCGGACACAAGGACUCGUUGAAGCACGACCUGGCUGUCUUCACCGGUUUCAAGUCUGCUCUGGAAGCCUGCUAUCUGGACUGGGAGGAGUACACCCUGCCGGGUAUCACCUACACCGCCGGAAGCAAUCCCAUGUAUCAUUGUCCGUUCACUUGCUUCCGGCGCCUCGGGGACCCCAGGAACGAGGUCAAUCAGGUGAACUCGAGCGCAGCCGUGCUAAACUGUCAACCGCCGGUGUCUCAUCACUACAGAAGACGGUCGUUGAGUCUGGGUUUGGUGGAGUUCGUAGACAGAAACGCACGGGACUUGACCAGUCUCUGCGAAAGAGGCGGAGGCGGAGGUGGUGGCGGCGAUGGAAAUCGAAGCAGCGUCAGCUCCGAGGGUUUCUGCGAGAACGAAACCGACAUAGCCGACACGUUCGAGCCCCAAGUGGUCCUCUUCAACUGCGCUCAUAUGAAUAGCUGCGCGGAGGACUGGCAGGAGGGCAGCGGCGGGAGCGGGGGCAGCGAGUCGUCGUCCAACAGCAACGAAAGCCUGAAGAACGCUCAAGAUUCGGACAAGCACCGACCGAUCGUCUCGUCCGAGACCCAUAGCGAUAGUAGCGACAGUAGCAAUAACAAGGCAGAAGCGGACCUAAAGCGCAGCCGGGUGGUGAAUCUCGAACACCGCGAGAAGUCGCGGGUAGCGUUGCCGAAGGGUGACAACGUCAAGGAUAAGCAGGAGUCCGACCUGGAAAAGGAUCCGUCCAGGAGACCGUCGAAGGAUGAGAGUUCCUCGUCGAGCAGCGACAACCCAUCCUGCGACGAGUACCACGUUUACUAUUACGAUCCCAAGGCCGUCGCGAGCACCAACGGCGCGAACAAGGACUUCAACAAGGACUCGGCGUCUUCGAGUACCCCGAGUGUCAGCACUAUUCUGGGCAACCUGACGAAAACCGAGGAUCCUUGGGACAUUCUGUUCGCCAGGGCGGAAGGACUCUAUGCUCACGGGCACACGCGGGAAGCUUGUAUCUUGGGUGUGCAGCUCGGAGAAGAGCUGCUGGCCAAUCCUCCUAAUCUCAUGAUCAACGAGCCUCGCGCGCCCGUCAAAGGGAAGAAGAAGAAGCAACAAGUGAACCCGGCGUCUCAUCAGCUCACGUGCCUUGCGUCGGCCACUUUGGCAAAGUGCUGCUUUCUCUGCACGGUUCUAGCAGAAAAUCCAGAAUAUCAUAAUCUGGCUUUCAGGGUGGGUCUGUUCGGUUUGGAGAUGGCCAGGCCUCCCGCCAACACGAAACCUCUGGAGGUGAAAUUGGCUCAUCAGGAAAGCGAACUGGUAGGACUACUGAAGAGGAUCCCGCUUGGUCCAACCGAAUUGGCCAUCGUCCGACAGAGAGCCGAACAACUGAGGGAUGGGGUACUGAGGUCCAGAGGUCACGCGUUGCUCCCCCUGAUGCUGGCCAGCUUCAUAUUCGACGCCCUGAACACGACAAGAGUAAAACACCUGCCCACAGACGUUGACGAGAACCUCGGGUUCGACGCGGCCGUCACUGCUCUGGGGCUGAAGGCGAACGUGAGCGAGGCCGACCAUCCACUGCUCUGCGAGGGCACUCGACGUCAAAGAGGGGACCUGGCCAUCACGUUGCUCGUCCAGUACAAGUCCGAUCCUAACAAGGUAGCCAGAAUCAUGAAGAAACUGCUGGAUCCCGAUGUUCAUCAGCUGAUCAAGUCACCCAUUAUUCCCAUGUUCUAUUACGUGCCCGGGGUGCCAAUACCAAAAAACAGCGAGGCGGACAGACAUCUUCCCGACGAAGAGUGUCACUCUCUUCCUCUCGGUGGCACGGACGCUGGCAACGGUGACAAUGUCGUCGGCACCAGCAGCAGGCCGCACAGCAGCACCAGUGCAGAAUUGGAAACCGGAAUGAGCGCGUUGACGGUGCAACCGCAGAUUGUUCAGCAUACCGUGCCCACCAGGACAAAAGAGACAAGAUACAAAAGUAAAAGAUUAUACCCAUCCAUCCCGAACCAGCCAUCCGAGGCUGGAGCUCACUUCAUGUGCGAGCUAGCGAAAACGGUUCUAAUGAAGGCUGGCGGCAGCAGCUCCACGUCGUUGUUCAACCCAUCGUCCACUAGUCUGAACCAUCACCGUCCUCACAGGGCUCUACACAUGUGCGCUUUCCAGCUCGGCCUGUACGCGCUGGGACUUCACAAUUGCGUGACGCCUAAUUGGCUGAGUCGCACGUAUUCGAGCCACGUCUCAUGGAUCACCGGUCAGGCUAUGGAGAUCGGAUCGUCGGCGAUCUGGUUCCUCAUCGACAGCUGGGAGGGGCACUUGACGCCACCGGAAGCGGUCAGCAUAGCGGACAAGUCCUCGAGAGGAAGCGACCGGAACAUGGUGGUAGCGGCCGCGGAACUGGCAUUGUCCUGUCUACCGUACGCCCACGCGUUGAAUCCAAACGAGGUUCACAGAGCGCUUCUGCAGUGCAAAGAACAGGGCGACGGGAUGCUGGAGCAGGCCUGCAUCACCGUGGAGAACACCGCGAAGGGCGGAGGCGUCUAUCCGGAAGUGCUGUUCCAGGUUGCCAAGUAUUGGUAUGAAUUAUACGAGAAGGCGGAGAACGACGGGGUGCAACAGGACGACAUGACCCACGACCCUUUGCAGCUGGACAUGAACAAUGUCUUCAUGGUGGAGCUGGAGCCUGGCCCGCCGGUGGACAUGACGAACGGACAGAUGAUGCCUGGACCGGCCCAAGCCGUGGUCGUUACCAGCACUCAGCCACCUCCGCCACCAUAUUCCACCCUGCCAGCUAUAAACACGCUGACAACUUCGUUAGGACUCGGUAUGCACACACCGUAUCAAUACUUAAUACACCCUUACCACUCUGUCUCGACGUUCGAUGGCUCCAUGCCGCCGAACACGGUGACCCUGACACCGGCGCCGUCGCAUAUGCAACCGUAUGCGUACCACGCGGCAUUCCCGUCCCAUCCGGGACACCCCCAGCAUCCCCAACAUCCCCAACAUCCGCAGCAUCCUCAACAUCCGCAGCAUCCUCAGCAUCCACACCAUCCCUCACAGACCGCGCAACCACAGUCUCUAGUGAGACCGCAACCUCAGUACUACACGCAGCCUCCGCUACCUCCACCCCCGCCGGGUGGUGCGGUACAUCUGUUCCCAGUUAAGCAGCCCAUGCCAGUUAAUGUUCAUAGGCAGCAGACACAGCGGUACAGUCCACAGAAGCUCCGGGCCCUGGUCUCGGCCUAUCGCGUAGGGAUGCUCGCCUUGGAGACCCUAGCUCGCAGAGUGCACGACGACAGACCUCAAGCGAAAUACGCGCGGAAUCCACCUUACGGAGAGGACGUCAAGUGGCUGCUGCGAGUCUCGAAACGCCUUGGCACCCAAUACCUUCAUCACCUUUGCGUCUGCACCGUGAACAGCAUUGUCAGCCCGUUCGUUCUACACGACGUUGUGCUGGAAGCCGCGCAUUAUUUAGCUAGAAAUAAUCAUGCCCUCGUGCUACAGCAUCUUAGAUCGGCUUUCCUCGCGCCUCUCGUUCACAAAUGCCAACAAAUGUACAUCCAGUGCAUGCAUCAAAAGUUGUACCAUUUGGUGGCUGGCGACUACGAGGAGUUCGCCAACGUCGUCUGCGCUGCUAGGGCAGCGUUUCACAUCACUCCCGAAGGACCUGUUCAGUUCAAGGAGUGGCUACAGUCUAUCAAAAGAACUCAGUCGUGCAACAAAGAGCUGUGGGCACAAAUAAACGCGGCGUUGCAGCAGAAUGGCAAAUGACACAGAACGGAGCCAGGCGAGAUGUGGCUCAAUUCCCUUCCGCAUCUUCCACCACCGCCACCACCUCCAGCAACAACGACUACGGCAACCCUGGUUCUUCAGCACCCCUGUCAUUCUUGUACGCACGACAAGGUCCAGGAUUUCCACAACGACGCGCAUCGCCGGCACACGACAACGACCCAGGCCGCGUCUCGUACGAGCGCCGGACUUGGUCGAGGUACGGUCGACAAUCGCGUUCGCAUAAUCUUCGCCGGCGGAAACGGAGGGAAGGAGAUGAUCGAUCCGAAUCGGCAGUCCCAGUCGCAGCCGCAGCCGCAGCCGCAGCCGCAGCCGCAGCUACAGCUACAGCCGCAGCCGCAGCUACAGCUACAGCCGCAGUCGCAACCGCAGCCGUAGCAGCGGUAGCAGCAACGCAUAAUUCUGAUCUUAGUUAUUAAAUGUGUCCGGAAAGAUAAAAAAAGAACACGACUCACUGUAAUUGUAACUGUAAUUAAACGACGAUACGCGAAUCGAUGAGGGAAGGGGGAAAGGAACAGAGAAGAAAAUGGAAACAAAAAUAGAACCGAGAAAAGUAUAGAGGAUAGGAAAAGUUCGCGUCGGACAGUUGUCAGAGUUUUCCGCUUUUCGGAUCUUUCACCGACAGUGGUUUUCCCGGGGGAGUGAGAAUUAUCGAGGGAGACGAGCGAAGGUAUAAAAGGUAGCAUAUUAUGUAUCGUAGACGCGUCAUGAAGGCACACAGACACCAUCUCAUCUUCUUUUCUUUUGCGCAUAAUAGAGAGACAGAGAGUACAGGAGAGAGAGAGAGAGAGAGAGAGAGAGAGAGAGAGAGAGAAAGAGAGAGCAGCGGCAACGUAAUUGUAACAAAGAUACAGAGACGCAA